UUCAUUGCAGUUUAAGACGGGCGGUAACUAUGUCUUGACACUUAUGGAUGUGUAUGGAGGUGGAAUUGCAGUACUCUUCAUUGCCAUUGCAGAAUGCAUCAGCUUGCUAUGGAUAUAUGGCUUGCGGAACGUUUGUGACGACGUGCAGUUUAUGCUUGGGAAGAAGCCAAAUGUCUACUGGAGGAUUACAUGGUCUUUCUUCGCCCCAGUUAUUCUUUCGGUAAUAUUCAUCAUGUCUCUGGUAAAGUUCAAGCCUCUGGGUGACGAUUCAUACGACUACCCCGACUGGGCUGAUGCUGUCGGUUUUUGUCUAGGAUGCCUUUCCAUAGCGCAGAUACCAAUUUGCGCUAUUUUCAGCAUUUUUCAACAGAAAGGUUCAUCACUGAAAAAUAAAUUUCUACUUUCUACCAAACCGACACAGGAUUGGGGACCUUCAGAUCUUGAUCUACGAGAAUCCUGGUUGGAGUUCAAACGGAAGUCUCACCCCACUCUACUGCUCAACUCGAUAGCAGAACACGUCAAUUCGACAACACACACAGUGGCUGUUCCGGAUGAGGAGACGUUCCGUUGUCGAGGUAACAGUCACGGGUCUCGCACGUGAAACACGACGCCGAAACUUUGAGCGAGCAGAAGACAACGCAACGAGCAAUUUGACUGCUUCUCGGACAACAUGGAUGGAUUGCGCCGCUGACUUUCGGCCUAUGUCCUGAUUUACGCGUUUCUGUAUGUAUGCUGUUUUCAUACUCAAUAAGACGGACUAUUUAGGCACCGCGACCCCAGGUCAGAUUCGUUUCUUCAAGAAGGUCUACACAGGAAACCACAUAAUUAUAAGAGUUUACAUCUCUAAACUCUCUCAUUGCAGUUUCUGAUCAAGAAUCAGAAGGAUCCUUUAUCCCACCGCCUCCUACAGUUACAUAACCCUGCCCUCCCUAACUUAGGUUAGUAUUGUUUAGAAUAACUGUUACUGAGGACCAAUAUCACGAAAACUUAAUAGCCAUUUGUUUUUAACAUCGGCCCACGUAUCUCAGUCAGUAAAGUAACGAGCUACGAGCUGGAUGACUGGGAUUUGAUUCCCGUUAGGGACAGGAAUUUUUCGAUUGGUCAUCGCGUCGAGCUGUGGGGUCAGUCUAACCUUCUUUCCAAUGGGUAUUGGAAAUAAAGCAGCUGGAAUAUGACGCUGACCACUCAUAUCUAGAGCCGAGGCCAAGAAUUUCUGUAGCUUUACCGGUAUUCUCCCAUGCGUCUUCGCGGCUUGAAUAUUUUACCUUUUUCAAUAACAUUUUGAUCUUUUGUAAAUAGUUUUUAUUUUUAUUUUUCCUUUAAUGUAAUCAGGCCUUCCGACGUAAUCCCUGGUUUUUCUUGACAUGUUUGCAGUUGUAUCGUUGAAGGAAACGUCGUCCCUUAAACUCGGUGCUAGAAAUGGAUUUAUGUUCCUAAGCAAUUAUUAUCCGGUCCUAAACUUCGAGAUCCUGUUCAAUUUUGACAUUUUUGAAAAGCGGAUUGAAAAGCGCACAUAAAAAUACAGUGGGAAUUUUGGAAUACGUAUAUAGGAUGUCGUGUUAUUACUGCCAUAAUGCACAAAAGGUCCUAGCAAAUUUUGCGUUUGGCGUGUUGACAGUUCUCACAUUAUGGAGUUCUGUCUCACUCCGCCAGUCCAUCGGUUAAGGAUGACACCAAAGACAAGUGGAACAAUAAACCGCCUACUAUUAUCGUUCCCACGUAGUCAGAAACUCGAGGUAUCAAAGGUUGUUGAAAUUGGAUAGGUAUUACCAACUUUAAAACUACCGUUUGUUUCAUCUCCCAGAAAAAGAUUUUCUGCCGGAAUAAUCCCGGAGAAACUGACGAAAUAUACGAAGAAAUCGCUUGGGAUAGCUGAUAACCCGGUCGAGAUUCGAAUCGGGUACUUCCCGAAUUCAUUUAUAGAGUAAGUGUUCAAAUAUUUUGACCAUCCGAUAAAAACUUCAAUGAAAGAUGGUUAAAAUAGCAGGAGACUGACUUUACGGACAGGGGACCGAGAAAAUCGUCCCUCUGUAUGACAAGUGGAGAUUAGACAAUGUACAGAAGAGUUUACGAGUAAUGAAUACAGUGACUUGUACUAGCCAAAGUGGAGAAUCAGUGAGCCGCUUCAAGGUACCAGCAUUGCAAACUCGUAUUCUGUCGUAUUAUUUCAUGACGAGUUCCUGUCUGAAUCGUUGGGGAUUUUUUGUUUUACCAUUAUACUUUUAUGAAACAUCGUGACAGCCAGUUGACACGUGGAAGCUGCUGGCUCUUGAAACGAUCAGGAACUGGAAUUAGUGCCGAAAUUGAAAAUUGGUGGAGCUUGACUACAGAACAGUUCUUAUGCGGAAUCGAACAUCUCCGUUAUCACAAAGCAGAACGUAUACAAACAUCCACAAAAAAUGAGUUUUAAGUUGUUCCAUUCUGAGAGAAUUUAUUACAAUGUUCACUCGUAACGCGUAGAGAGCGUACAUAGACGGUUGUACAGCUGUGCAGGAAGAAGUGAACAGAAGUGCUGGCAUUUCAAAUGGAAGAAAUGUUAACGCUUGAAGACAGUAGAACAGACCAGGUCUCAGCUAGAGGUUAUCUAGUUUCUAGAUAGAUUUAUAAAUCUAUAGGAUGUGGCGUGUUUUUGUCUCAGGGAAGAAUAUUUACAGAACAGUCAAAAAUGUUUUAUAAUUCUUUUUCCUGAAAGUAAUAUAAAAUUAUUAAUUAAGUAGGAUAAUAUAAAAUGUGUAGGUAGUUUUAUUGAAGAAAAUUCUUACAAGGGAUGUACAUUAACUUAUAUGAGGACGGUGGGAAUCUGAACUACAGAAGUACAUAAAUAAGCACCCUAGGUCAGCGAUGGGUAAUGGUUAUUGGUUAUACGAUAUGACACGGGAACCUCUAGCGCGAUUGCUUAUUAAAACCAAGUUAUCAUGAAACUACUUUAGGUAAAGCCCGAGACUACGCCAUGAAUUAAAUAUUAUUGAGAAAGAGAAUAUGAUACUAACGACUAAUAAAAAUGCUGACCUGCACAAAAGAUACAAAAAGUUUGUGUUGCAGAAACCGUACUGGAUGAUAUAAUAUGAUAGUAGCUUUGAUCGUUUGUGACUGUAAUGUGAGUGUGGUCGCCCCCAGAGCUGCUAAGGUAGAAAACAUGGUAGUCAGUUUAGUUGGUUUUCAUGCAGACAAAUUCUGACAGAACGUUGGAGUGCGUCUUGGGACUGACAGGUCUUAUAUAACGUGACAAUGUAUGUAUUCAAGCCUACAGAUGGAGGCAGCGUGUUCUUUCAGGCAUUGGGAAAUAACCAGAUUAAACUGCGCAACAUAUCACAUUAUUAUGGAAACUUAAUAUCCUUCAGAACGACCACAUCCAUGAGGUUGACCUGGCAACGAAACGGGACACAAAAAUCUCUAGAAAGAUAAAUCUUGUCUCCAUCCGCAAAUCUUAAUUUGAUUUUUUUUAAAGAACAGUGCAUUCGAUAUUUCGUACACAGAUCUUGUCCAGAAUAACAAUGGAAGAAUCUUUGGCAUGUAUGUUUAUUUAUACAAUCAUAAAUUCAUUACCCUUGUGUUUCAUUAAAUAUUAACCAUUUCGAAAAAUGAAAUUUCACUGAGAACUAGCCGGUGUUUUCUGUUGCCAUACAAUCGUUUGUGUGAUAGACAGUUUUUAGACAGAUUUAAUAGAGCUUUAAUUUGGGUGUCAACGCAAAUGAAGUCCCAUUUAAUUCUAAUGUUUUCACAUUUUCGACACAACCGACACUCUAGUCAAAUUUUAGAAACACGUAAAGUAAUUGAUUUAAUAUUCAUUGCGUAUUUUUUGAGGAAUGAAUUCAUAUCCUCCCUCCAUCAGGUUCUCUGGUUGCGCCCAUGUUUCUACCUUCACAGAUUCAGGUUGCGUCAGAGUGGGCUCUUAGUUACAUGUGCUGGAGACACUCUUAUACCACAAGUAAAUUCAACGUAAGUUGUUUGUAUAAUAUAUUUUAUUUGUAUAUUAGAUUACAUAUGUAUUUAUGAUAUCGUAUAUAUAUAUAUAUAGACAGUAAAAUACAUUUGUCAUAAGUGUUUUAAAUAAGAAGUUUGGUAUCAAAUAUACACACAGCAAGUCGAUCCAAAAAGCAGAAAUGAGCUCAAUAAAAUAUUUGUUCAUAAGGUAAUUUAUUUUGAAAGAUAUGAAUUAUAAAAAUGUAAAAUUAUGCAAAUGGAGAAUUGAAUUUUACUUUAGUUAUGCCUUGAAUGUGCCAAAAGAAAUCUUUAAGAAUCACCCAUCACAUUUAGGUGGUACUGUUUUUAGAUCGCGUGGCUAACCUGGCCGAUAGAAUAUUAUUGACUGUAAUAUUACAGUGUCCCAGAAGUGCUUGAGGUCGUUAUUGUGAAAGUCAUUUUUAAGUAGGUACGCAUUUCGACAUAAUUGUUGCAAUGUUACUAGGUGCUGUAUGCAGAUUAUUCUCGGUAAUGUUAGCAUGUUUGCGAGUGUUUCGUGGUAUAUAGAGGGAACUGUAUCGGAGUUUGACUGUAUACGUGUUUAAAUAAAAACCUCUAAGAAACUGGAUGACUCCAGAUGGUGAAAUGUUAUGGUGUAAGUCGUAAUAAUCGUCGAUUUAUUCUUAUUGAAUGUGUAAUAGAGAUAAUUAACGGGUCUGUAUGUAUGCUCUCUAAAGUGUAUGUACUGGAUGAGACUACUUAGUAACGACUUAAGGAAAAAAUAUAUAAUGUACCUGUCCGAUUAUCAAAAAUGUUGACCUCAGUUUCUUUUGGGACAUUUGCAUAAAGUGUUCAAUAUAUGUUUACCACAUAUUAUUGUGCCUAAUACCUUUUUGAAUGUUUGCCACAGAAACUCCAGAUACUUUCAUAGCAAAAGCUCGAGUACUCAGACAAAAAUUUUGAUAGUGUUUUAUGGUUCUUGUGUGGUAUGACUGCAAAACAGUACGAGGCUUGUCCUUUUUCAAGACUUAGCAAAGCACAACACACGUAUAAAUAAUAUUUAAAAGUUAGGAUCUUACCUCAGAGAAAGCACACCACACUUCGGUAACAGAAACGAGUUAUUUUUUUGUUGUUCAGGGAAACAAUCUUAUUUAUUCUGAGAACCGAACGAAAGAUAAAUACAUUCUAUGGGCGAAAUUGUGGAGUUAUUGAACGUUAACUCAGGCAGUACGCAUAGUGACCAAUGUGUUUCAACAAGUAAACAAAAUUGAGGUUGGACUGUACGUCUCCAUUUAUAAUACAAGAACUCUUUAAUAUUCUGUACCAUUGAAUUCUGGAUGUGUCUAGUAUUUGGAGUUUCCCCGGUUAAACAAUCGUUGGUGAAGGUCCAUAAAACGAUCAGUAACUAUUAAUACAUUGUACAUACCAUAGUCUAUUUGCUUGUACAUAAACAGCAAUAAAGGUCAUAGCCCCGUUAAAGAAUUAUACGAUUUUCAUGUGACAAUGUAAAUAAAAAAAAGAAACUGUGA